AUGGCGAGUCUGUGCAAGAGGCAGCAAUGCACGAUCGAGAGGCGAGGCUUUCGGCAGGAUCUUGAUUCGUGGCGGCACAAACUCAUUCAUUGUGUAGGUUUUGAGAGCAUUCUAGAAGGGUUGUUUGGGUCGGGGUUGGUGGAGGACCUAACGUUAUUUAAAGACUGUGAGCCUGAAGGCGUGUCAGACUGGUCAUUUGACGAGAACUGCCUGUUCUGUUGCUUAAGACGAGACAAAGUCAAGGAGCACUUAGUUGGCCUGAGCAACCAGGGGUUGGAGAGCGGGGCUAAACCCCUGCUGGUCAAAGACCAGACCAAGAUCAGCAGACUCGAGAAACAAGCAGAGGAAUUCCUUAAUGCAGUCCUCUACAAAAAAGAUGUCCCCAGCUUCUCAGACCCGCAUAUUCCAGUAGUGGCUCUGGAGAUAAUGCAGAGGAUGAUCCGCCAGUUUGCUGCAGAAUAUACCUCAAAAACCAGCUCCUCUUCUCAGGACAGCCACUCCGCUCCCAGGCCUGCUCCCCACCCAGACCAAAGCCUGCCUCCUCCCCCCUCGCUGCCCACGGUGCCCCCUGCUGCCAGCCCCGGUGGUACUGCGACCGCCUCCGUACCCAGCCAGAACCCUGUCCUCUCCAAGCUGCUGAUGGCUGACCAGGACUCGCCUCUCGACCUCACUGUCAAGAAGCCUCUGCCACAGCCUGUAGAACAAGAUGGAGUCCUGGACCUGUCACUCAAAAAGGGACGGGCCAGAAGCAGCACAUCAUCGCUCCGCAGCCCUCACCUUUCCCAGACGUCCACCCUUAGAGGGCGUUCCCUGAGUGCUGACGGACAGGCCGGGCUGCCUAUGUGGAGCCUGCAGGAUGGGAGGAGGAGGAGGAGGAGGGAGAAUUUCAGCCACUCCGUCCCUUUAAAGCCCACCUCACCUCUCUGUCAUGCCCUGCACAUCAAACAGGAAGUGAACCAGGAUUCCGAUCCAGAGUUGUCUCCCAACCACAACCAGACGUCCAGACCCUUCGACCACCUCUCUCUCCUUUCCAGGUACGGCUCUCCGUCCUGGGCCUCCAAGACCCACUUCGGGGCCCUCCUAAAGCUCCGGGCCAACAGCGGAGCUGGGGACCACCUCAAAGACCUACCCAGCUUGCUGGAGGCUGCGGGGCUCUUCACGAAGUCCCCCUCCUGUGGGAAGGCAGUCCUCCAGGAGGCCCCGAGAGACCAGGGGCUCUCUCUGUCCUACUCCCCGACCGUCGGCCUCAAAAUCCCCCAGGUGAGAGGCCUAGGAGGCCUAGGGGUGGACCUCUCCUGGGGCUCCCUGAGCUCUGAUCCCUACAGCCUCCCCAGCCACCACUGUGAGAACAGCCUGGGGAAGAGGCAGAGGUCCAUCCUGCCCAAACACGGCCGCCGGGGAAGCAGUGGAGGAGAGAGGGAGUACUUGGGUUCAUCCGACGCAGACCGCCCUGCCUCUGGGGGGCUGUACCCUACCUCUGAGCCCGAGGCAGACCUCAGCAACAAGCAGCUGAGGAAGAAGAGGGGACGAUACCGUCAGUACAACACAGAGCUGCUAGAGGAGGCUAUAGGAGUGGUGAUGGGGGGGAAGAUGAGCGUGUCCAAGGCUCAGACCGUCUAUGGGAUCCCUCACAGCACUCUGGAGUAUAAAGUCAAGGAGCGCCUUGGCACCCUGAAACACCCGCCCAAGAAGAAGCUGAAGCUGAUGAGCCGCAUGGAGGAACUGGAGGAUACGGAGGCCCCAGAGGGCCAAGAAGCUGUGGAUGCACCCCUGGACCUUCUGGAGUCUGUGUCAGUGUCCGGAGAGAACGGCAGGCUCAGUACAGGCCACUCACCAGACGAUGAAUGUCUGGAGCUGAGUACCGCAAAGGCCAGGGACCUGCAGUCUACCUCCACGCUGGAGGAGUUCAUGACCAAGCUCUGUCUCCACCACCAGAGGCAGAUUGUCGACGCUCUGGGCUUCCUACAGACAGAGGUCUGUAUAGGCAUUACUCUCAUUGUGCAUUUGAAUUUGGUAAAAUUAUAUAGGAAGUUAUUGUCUCUGAAAGGCAAUCGCAAAUCACACACAACAGAGGAAACAUGCAUAAUACGUAAACAAGAAGAUACCGUACAUCACAGCAGAGGAGUAUUCCCACGCAUAGUCAAGGCAGUAUCCUCCUCCAGCACUUCACUAGCUUCUGCCUCCAAACCCUCUUGCUCAGUGGAGCAUGGAGCCCUCCAGGGUCCUAGCCCUGCACCCUGCCUGGAGACCCCGGGGAGGGCUGGCCAGAAACUUCCCCUGGCUUCCACUCCAAAAGGAUCGACAGAGGGGCGAGAAACAGUUGGUAGCAGGUUGGUGGCCCCAGAGCAGACUGCUGUGUUACACAAUUUGUCUGGGGCCGCUGGGCCGGCCUUGGAUCUCCGUAAACCUGUCCCAGGGGAGUCUAAGGCUUUGGCAACACUGUUCAGAAGCACAGAUGACAGUGUAAGUAAACAUAUUAGUGACCAUGCUCCGCUAAAGAUCAAAAUCAUGAAGUCCAGCAGCCUGGCUGAUGGUAAGAAGCUAUCCUGUGUGCUCACCACCUCUCUUCCUGCUGGCGCCGGUACUUUGGAAGAACAGCAGGGCAUUUCUGACUCCUCAACCAGAGCAGAUAUUUACAGCGCUGGACUCGGCUCCUCUGUGAAAAGGCACGAUCAUGCUGAUCGCUCAACAAGACAAAGAGGCUCCUUUGAACAUACCAAAGACACGCUGGUCAAACAGAGUCCACCCGAAAAGACCACCAACAACAUACCCCCAGUUUCCCCCGGGACAGCAAGGAAGACCAUAAAGGGGUCUUCCUACCAUCGGCCUAGGGACACUUCCUCAGUGUGUCGGUUUGUAACCGACCCUGAUCUCGGCCACUGCGACAUAGUCUACAUCGACAAACCAAUAACAGAGUGUUUCCGGGAACGGCAGCACCGACUGCUCCCCCGCCGCAACGCCAGGAAAAGCACCAGAGGUCACAUGUACGUGGAGGAAAUGUGGGAGCUGAAGACUGUCCGUACAUUAGCCAGGACGUCCGCCCGCAAUGAUAGUGGCAACUGUCCCGCUCCAAUGCCAGAGCUCAUCACUCUGGUCACCCCUAAACAGGUGCUUGGCAAGCCUGAGGGUGUACCUCUUGUGGAUAUGCCCUUUGUUGGAGGUUUUGUGGAGACGGUCAGUCAGAAAAGUCCUUCGGAGCAUCCAGCUGAAAUUGAGGGGGCUGGAGAUGUAGAGGCUGCAGCAGCAUCAGCCAGUGAGAUGGCGCUAAUCGUUGAGACUAGUCAGACAGACCCGAGUCAGUGCAAAGAGCAGACUGCCCCUCCACCUCCUUCACAGAGUCCCCCAGUGGAGAACGAGCAGAGUGCAGGGACAGACUCGGAGCAGCCAAGGCAGAGCGUAGCACCAGAGGAUAUUCUAGAUCAGACUGUGGUCGAGACGGCAGAUCAGGAUGUAAACAGUGUACACAAUUACAUAGUUUUAAGUGAAAACCCAGAGCAGUUGUUGAUGGGGAAAGAUGUGAACUCGUCACAUGAUAAGACAUCAGAAGAAGAGCUUGUCCAGGAUAUGCUGCAGAGUGUGCCAGAGGGCCAGAACGUUGUCAUUGAAACCCAACAGGAAUCCGCAUCACUGACCUCUUCCCUGGAGAGCACUGAAGACAAAGAGGUAGUGAGUGCAGGUGCAAUUGACAAAGAGCAGGCAGAGCCUCUGGAACCGCAAAGUUCAGUUGACCAGAAACUGUCUGCGGGCUCUGGAGGAGAAGCAAAAGCUGGCAUGGAGGUUCCCGCAGAGAGUGAAAUGAUAGAGGUGCAGGAAACGGGCAAGGUUGAACCAGACUUGGCUCCAGGCGACGGUAACAAUGUGCCUGAAGAGAAAAAGACACAUGUUGAUUCGUCCUCUAAAAUGGUAAAUGAUGCAGUUGUGAAAGAAUUGCCUCUCAGGCGUUCUGAAAAACAGGGUAUUCCAGCACGGGUGAUUCCUUCAAGGGUGAAGGAAGCUGCAGUGAUUGAUACAGAGAAUAUGAUUAUAUGUGGAUAUGUGAAUGGUAGACCUAUUGCACAUUCUGACAGAUGUUUGCGUGAACGGCCAGCUAAAACCACCCCAGAGUCUACUCCUACUAAGACUAAACGCCCCAAUAAGGCGUCUCUGAAACAGACUGAGAACCCUUCUGAGAACGUGUCUGAGAUUCCACAAGUCUCACCUGAGACUCCUCUCACCCCGGUCCCUGCUGGGGAAAGUGUCAAAAGCCCUUUGUCGAAGCGCCUCACCAAGGCCUCCCUGAAACAAUCCGAGAAACCUUCUGAGAACACGCCAGAGGUUCCUCAAGUCUCACUCCCUUCUGCCAAAACCCCUGUGUCCAUACGGCCCAAAAGAACCCCUAAAGCUAAAACCACUCAGAACCUGCCUGACACAAAGAUCCCUGCGGAAGCAAGCCAGAACUUGCCUGACACAAAGACCCCUGCGGAAGCAAGCCAGAACUUGUCUGAACCAAGGACCCCUAUUGCCCCUAUAACAGCAAGCCAGAGCAUUCCUGACACUCCUCCAGUCCCAGACACACCAGUCAACUCCCCCAGGAGCCCUGAGUCCAGACAACCCCUCAGAUCUGCCAGACUGCAACAGGCAGCAGCUGUCGCCUCCCCUCUCGUCCCUGUCGCCUCCCCUCUCGUCCCUGUCGCCUCCCCUCUCGUCCCUGUCGCCUCCCCUCUCGUCCCUGUCGCCUCCCCUCUCGUCCCUGUCGCCUCCCCUCUCGUCCCUGUCGCCUCCCCUCUCGUCCCUGUCACCUCCUCUCUCGUCCCUGUCGCCUCCCCUCUCGUCCCUGUCGCCUCCCCUCUUGUCCCUGUCGCCUCCCCUCUCCUCCCUGUCGCUUCCCCUCUCCUCCCUGUCGUGCCUCAUCCUGUUGAAGGGGCUGUUACUUUCAUUGUGCUCCAAGAACCAUCUACCUCCCUCCCACUCCCCUCCACUGAGCUUAACCCUCCUCUCCCCAUUGGCUCUCCUCUUCUUCCGAUCGUCUCCCAUCUUUUCCCUUCAUCUGAUCAGAACAGUGCAGUUACCCAGAGCUCUGCAGAGCUGAAAGUUGAAAAAGCUCAGCCAGCUCCAAAAGCCAAACCCAGCGAGACACAGAAAACAGCAGAGGAAACUAGGGUGCAAACUAGACCAAAGCUCAGGUCGUCAAUGAUGGUAGCAAAGGAAGUUGAAGUUGACAUGGUUGAGAGUCAGCAAGUUAGCAGUGAGGGUUCUGCUCUCACAGAGGGUACAAGCAUUAAAAAGAGUGAGGCCCAAGCACAAAGUAGUCCACUAAGAAGCAAGAGACCUCUCAAAAAGGAAGGAGAAGCAAGCAAAUUGGCUCAACCUAAGGAGGGAGAAUCAAGCAAAUUGACUUCCCUGAAGAAUUCAGAGGAACCAACUUUGCUGAAGAAGGCAGAGGCACCAACUUCAAUUGAUAACAAAACUUCAUCUGAAGAUUCCAGCAGGUCUUCUGUCAGCAGUGCUUCAGAAAAACCUGGGCGAAUGCCUUUGAGGAGUGAGAGUAAUAAAACUGACGUGGCCAGCCAGUCCAUUACCCCGGCAACCCCACCGACCCCGGUGGAGAACAGGAAGUCAGCUUUGAGAGUGCAGAGGUCGCCCACGCCCUCGACCAGUGCUCCAAUCACAGCUGAGAAAUGGAGUGAAGUGGCAUCUCCCAUUAGGCUGAAAUCCCCAGUGAGACUCUCAUCACCCAUCAGGUUCAAACCAGAGAGGAUCAUCAAGUCUCCAUUGAGGGAUUCACCUUUGCUGGUCAGUUCCCCUCUGCCAUCCAGGUCAGUCACUCCUCUCCUCCUUCCCAAGUUGGAGCUCCCAGUACAGACUCGAAACAAGUUCCUGGAGUUACUAGACGUAGAGGAAAACCAACAGAAAAUCUCUUCUCUGAACACCAAGUUCGAGAAGAUGCAUAGAGGCUGGGUCCAGAUUGACAAAGAGGGACAUCCAACGCCCAGACACAAAAACAAGGCAGACAGACAGGCAGCAAUAUGGAAGAGUAAGCGCAGGGUCCGCAAGCCCAAGUCUUCGGAUCAUCAGAGGUACUCACUAGUCCAGAUGCUUUUCAAGAACGAUUUGGACCUAGCCAGUAUUUGCCGCUGGUACAUGGAGUCAACAGAAACCCAAUCCCUGGUCAUCGUAAAGAAGGUGAACACGCGUCUUCCCUCUGAGACCCAGCUGCUCUUCCCCGGUAUGUCCCAAAGGCCGUCCCAAGGGGUCUUCCCUAGCCUUCAGGCCGAGCGCUUGAAGAAACACUUGAAGAAGUUUGCCAUGGCUUCCCCUGUGAAGAGCAACCCUAAGAGUCAGAAGCUGAUCGCUAAAGCCCUGGAGCAGGAAGUCAGUACAAGUACGCCCAAAGGGAAGGAAAAGAGAGAGCUGACUACAGCCACUCGGAUCUCCACCAAAGCCUAUGUUUCCUCUGCAGAGGCACAGGCACAACCAGCCGACGGCCAGAAGGCCUCAGCGAAGGCCAAGAACCCAGCCAGCGCCCGGAUCCUGAGGAAGUACUCCAAUAUAAGGGAGAAGAUGCAAGGUCAACAGAGCUCCAAGAAGCCGAAAAGGGCCCCAAGAAAAGAGCUCGAAGCUUCCAAAGUCAAACCCUCUAAACCCCCAAAGACAAAAUUGGCAAAACCAAUUAAAUUGAAACCGGCCACUGCCCAGAGGCAGAAAUUAUCGGUUUCUGUUGAUAAAAGUGUAAAGGAGCCAAGUGUAGUCAAAACAGAGCGAGCGCAGCCAUCUCCUAGUAGAAAGACUCCAGCAAAAGCUGCUGUCCAGCAGAGAUCAGUCAAGAGUAGCAGCAGCAGUAGAACCUUAAGGGAUCUCGGUAGGAAAGAGAGUGCAUCACCACAGAGGUCUCCCCAAAGAGUGAUGACCCCAAAAGCACAGAAAAACACCCCUGCUCCUGCCACCGUCCCCAAGAAUGACUUUAACAAACAGCAGGUUGGAGCAGAGAAGGCAGGAGUGGAUAAGACUAUUGCAACAAAAGCAGGUGAAACAAAAGGUCAAACAAAGAGACCCUCUCAAAGUAGAGUCUCUGAGACUAAAGUCACUGAAAGUAAAGGUGCUGAGAGCAAUGGUGCUGAAAGUGCUGCAGAGACUCAACAGAACAUGGACGUCAAAACACCAGGUUCUCCUGACCAGGUUCUCACAAGGUCACAGAGGAAGAUGGAGGCCACUCCACCCCCCUCUGUCCCUCAGAGUGCAAGCCCUAAGCCUGCCACUAAGAAAGCAAAUGAACCUGCUCAGAGUGGAACUCCUAAAGGUGCCACAAAGAGAGCUCUGGAGCCUACACAUACUGUUAGUGCAAGCCCUAAGCCUGCCAUAAAGAGAGGCAAUGAACCUGCUCAGAGUGGAACUCCUAAAGGUGCCACAAAGAGAAGCCAGGAGAGCCCACAGACUCCAGCCAAGCGCACCAGGACAUCCCUACAGAAAUAAAGCUUGUGCACAGACGUGGACUGUAACAGCCAUGCUGGUGAUAUUUUUAUUUUUAUCUGGAAUAUAAUAGAAAGGACUGGUAGUACCUAUUUUUGUUUGUGCUACUCAAGCUGUGUUGGUAAAUUAUCGUUUGGAGGGAGAUCGACAUGCUGUAGAAAGAGGAAAAAUACUGGUUUUGUCUUGUUUAGUCUAACUGGGCUGGAGAUGGAGAUAUCUGCAUUGUAAACAUGUAAGCCAUUUUAUUUUUUGGUUUGAUGCAGAGUUGAUUAGUUAUUCAGACUACAGCAUGUCGAGUCCUCCACCUUUGUUUGUCCAAGUUUUUUAUAUUCAAUAGUGUCUAUACCACGGUUUGAAAAAUAGUGCGGUUUAGUGGCAAUGGCAUGAAAACAUCAGCACCAUGUUGCUACGAAAGAAAUGAUGAUGUUCUCUGACUGCAACACAGCAUGGCUAGCCAAUCGUUCAGUUUAUAAUUAGCCCAGGUUUCACCUGAACAUUCUCUUAGAAUUAUAGCCUAUAUUCAUCAAUGUCUCCCACCCAUCUCGCAAUCAGAGUUGUGUUUGUGACUUUUUGAUCAGGUGCCUUAUUUAUCAGAUGUAAAGUAAGGAGUUGAUAACAGGUGAAGCCUCAGUUCUCAGCCAGACACAUGUACUGUGGGAAGAGGGAGAAAGGGAGCUUUCUGGACCUGGUGCAGGUCUGCUCACGUUGUCAUGUUGUGGUCCUUCACAUGUUAAACUCUUCUCCAGUUAUUGUGUAGAGCUGGUCGUUUUUUUCAAGGCCUGCACCAGAUUUGUGGAUCUGUGCGUCUUCAUGCACAACUUCCCUUCAUGUGUUCAGCCCCCCAUGUUCCCGACUCUCCUCCGUCUUCCUGCUAUAAAAACCACCCAGCUUCUCAUCAUGGGCUGUUAUUCCGAAGAGUUCUCUUUUCAUGUCUUUUUGUUGUUUUAGAUUCUGGGGAUAUUUAUUUUCAGAGAUGUAGCCUUAUAACCGAUGUUAUCGUAGCUGUGUUUAACUUUCAAAUACUGUCCAAGUUAACAAAGGAGGGUUUUUUUCCGUUGCAAUCCGUGUGAGAUAUUUACACCUGCCUCGUUAUGUUGUAACUCUGAUCCUUCUCAUCUUAUUUGAUUCCCGUUAAAGUUUAAUGGUCUGGUGUGAUCAUUACCUGCUAUUGCAUGCUGUAGCUGCCUGUAGCGUUUACAUUUAUCAAAAUUCUUGUUACUCCAGUCUUUCACCUGUGCAACAACAGCCCACUCUUGAAAUGCAGCCUUCACCUCAGCUACUUCUUAUUAAAAAGCUAUUUUGUUUGUUUUUUCUGAGCUAGCAUUUGUUGCCGAAACUUCUUUAACUAAGACUAUGCAUGCACGUUACCGUGCCCCUCUGUGUGUUGAACUGUAUGAGCAUUAACGACUUAAGAUAUGAACCCUUGGAAGAUGUCAUUGGUCACCUGUUUUGGAAGGGGGUUUGCUGUUUGAGAGCAGAUACCAGGGAAUGACGCUACAUGGAGCCACACGUAUCUAAUGUUGGCUGGAUAUGUUUUAUCUUGUAUGGUAGUGUUUGCCAUUUAUUUGGAAUAUAUUGCAGUAUACUGACCCCUGGUGGCCAUAUGAGAACUGUUGAAGAAAAUGCUUCUACUUUUCAAAUAUUUGUAUGAUCAGUAAGUACUAUACUGAACAAAAAUAUAAAUGCAACAUGCAACCAUUUCAAAGAUUUUACUGUUACAGUUCAUAUAAGGA